CUUUCUCUUUUACCACCAUCAUCUUGACCUUCAUUUACAUUUUACGAAAUGGGCAAAGGGCGUAAAGUCAACAAGGCUAAACCUUCUGUGUCUAUUCCCAUUUCUGCACGCUCGAAAUCAUCGGCGUCGGCGUCCAGUGCGGGGUCGAGUCCUAUCUCGCCCGUCACGCCCAAGACUCCCGCCGAUGAAGGAAUCGAGUUUUUCCAGUCGCCAGUAGCCCCAGGAGAGGCUCCUUUGCGCGUCUAUGAGCUUCGUCUCGAUAUCGAUGGCGGUCCUCAUAAAGAUCGUUCGUACAUUCGACUUCCUCCGGCUUAUGUUCCAUACAUCCUUCGGGUAUCCAUUGACGCUGGAACUCCUGCCUCUAUGAACGGUGUAUUCAAGACUAAUUUCCCUCUUGAUGGCGGGAAAUUCAACCGCGCGCGCUUCACAGAGCGCAAACUUCCCUCCGACUUUUCGAAACCAAUCCAAAUUGACUUACCCAUUUCUCAUGCUGGCGCGUUUGUAUUUUGGGUUGAAUAUGAUGGCGAGUUGCCCAGCCAGCGUAUUAAAGGGCGUGAAGGCUAUUUUAACGUUGACCCUGUGCUUCGCAUCAAGGGCCGUUCGCCGAUUCUGUCCUCUGAGCUAUCUCCUCUUCCUCCCUCGUCUGGUGCCGUUCUUCAGAAAGAUACUGUCAAUCUUCCACUAGAUGGACUGUCGAUCUUGACUGUUGUGUCGAAAUGGAUGGGUCCAAUGUCCGAGUGGAAGAAUCACUUCGCUGAGGCCAAAGACCGCGGGUACACCAUGUUGCACUACACCCCCUUGCAAGAACGUGGGGAAAGCGACAGCCCUUACUCGAUUCGUGAUCAACUCAAAUACGACCCCAGUAUGUUUGACGGAAAGCGACAAGCCGAUGGAGGUAAAGAGAAGGUAGAAGCAAUUCUCAAGGUUGCUCGAGAGGAGUAUGGAUUACUCAGUCUGACGGACGUCGUAUUAAAUCACACUGCAAACGAUAGUCUUUGGCUAGUGGACCAUCCUGAAUCUGGCUUUAGUCCUGCUAAUUCGCCUCAUCUUACGCCUGCCCUCGAACUUGACUCAGCUAUGAUCGAGUUCUCCAGUAGUCUCGCGUCCAGAGGCCUCCCAUCUAUUGUGAACACUCAACAGGAUGUAGACGCCUUAAUUGGAGCUUUCCGAGCCGUCAUGAAAGACCUUAAUCUGUGGCAGUAUUAUGUCCUGGACGUCGCACGUGAGAAGGAGUCGAUCAGAGCUGUGUUAGCAUCGAAGAAGGCAUCCCCUUGGACUGGUCCAUCUAUUGCAGGCAAAUCUGUUGUCGAGCUCGCUGAGGUCCUUCGGGGCUCUAACGUGAUCAUCGGUCUUGCCGAACUCUCGUCGAGAUUCGGUGUACAUUCUGAUGCCAAUGCUGCCUCAGGUUUUAUCCAAGCUGCGUUCGUGGAAUUGUCCGAUCCGGAUGCCCUCGCGGAUGCCUGGGUCCGCGUACUAGAUGUGAUCAAUGUUCCUUUGUACCAGGAAUGGGAGGAGGAUACCAAGAUUGCCAUGGAUAAUAUCAAGAACAGAUUGACUUAUGCCAGAUUGGAUGAAAAUGGGCCAAAACUGGGUGAGAUCACUAGAGCAAAUCCUCUUGUCGAGACCUACUUCACGAGGUGUGGACCGAAACCCGACUCAGAUCCUCUCGUUUACUCCCUUGCCAACAAUGGUUGGAUUUGGGCCGCUGAUCCCCUGCAAAACUUCGCCCUUCUCCCCUCUAAAGCGUACCUCAGGCGCGAAGUUAUCGUUUGGGGUGACUGUGUCAAACUUCGAUAUGGUUCAGGCCCCGAGGAUAAUCCUUGGCUUUGGUCUCAUAUCACUUCAUACGUUACAUCUUUGGCUGCAACUUUCGACGGGUUCCGUAUCGACAAUUGCCAUUCAACUCCUCUGCAUGUCGGUGUAUCGAUGCUGGAUGCCGCCCGCGUUGUGAAACCAGAUCUCUAUGUCUGUGCGGAGCUAUUCACUGGUAGUGAAGAAAUGGACCUGCUUUUUGUCAAAAGGCUGGGAAUCAACAGUCUCAUUCGUGAAAGCUACAAUGGUUGGGAUGCUAAAGAGUACUCAAGGUUGUUGUAUCGUCACGGAGUAGGUAAACCUGUUGGCUCUAUGGAUGAAGCAUGUUUGACCAGCAUCGAGGAGAUACCGUCACCUACAGGCAAGGGUCCAUUACGCAAGGCGGUCGUCACACCAUUGAAUGGCUCGAUGCCUCAUGCACUUCUAUACGACCUCACGCACGAUAACGAAUCUCCACUUCACAAACGGUCAGCAGAAGAUGCACUUUCUACCGGGGCUCUAGUUACUUUCAGCUACUCAGCUACAGGGUCUGUCAAAGGGUUCGACGAUCUCUAUCCUAAACUUCUGAACCUAGUUGGCGAGAAGAGGAAAUAUGAGGUAACCGGCUUGGAAGAAGAGAGUGGUAUAGCGCGCGUCAAACGUGUCUUGAAUUCCCUCCACCUUGAAAUGGUUUUAGGAGGCUACGAGGAAGGACAUGUCCACCAAGAGAACGAUUAUAUCGUUUUAUCUCGUGUCCAACCUGGUACACAAAAAGGCUAUCUACUCGUCGCACACACAGGGUUCGCUAAAAACACCAAAGACCGCGGAUACAUCUCUCCUAUAAAACUCAGGCGUACACGUGCGAAGUUCAUUAUGGGCGCCAGUAUCGAUAUUACCUCCUACAAUGUUCCGGCGGAUGCGAAGACGCUCAAAGGUCUUCCUCAUAAACUUGUUGAAAUGAGCCCCGUGGUGGUUCCUCAGGGCCUUGACGAUGAAAGCCCGUACUCCGAAAUCAUCGUCCCCAAGUAUUUCCCUCCUGGCAGCAUCAUGCUCUUUGAGACCCAUUUGCAAGAUCAUGAUGCUUCACUAGAGGAGUUUGUGGUAUCAAAUUCCCAGGAGGUUUUCGGCAAUCUAGGAUUGGUAGAGCUCAAUGUUGUUCUAUAUCGCGCCGAUGGUGAAGAACGUGACGCAACGAACGGUCAAUUUGGAGUGUAUGAUGUACCUGGCCUCGGUCGCUUGACCUAUUGUGGAUUGGAGGGCUGGAUGCAUCCUCUUCGCCACAUCAUGCGCAAUAAUGACCUCGGUCAUCCGCUGUGCGAACAUUUGCGGAAAGGUACAUGGUCCUUGGAUUAUGUCUAUGACCGUCUCAUCCAAGCAGACGAUUUGCCCAAUCUCAAGAAUGUAGCUCAGUGGUUCAAGGAUCGCUUCGACCGCAUCAAAGCUACUGCCCCGCCCUUCUUGCGUCCUAAGUAUUUUGCACUGGUCAUCUCAGAAGCGUACAAGGCUGCUCGUCGAUCUGUCGUCGAACAAUGCUCCGAAUUUGUUCUUACCGGCCACGAUUUCACUCAGGACUUAGCUUUGUGUGCUAUUCAAAUGUAUGGCCUUGUCAAAUCGGCAUCUCUAGACCCUAGCAAACCUACACCUUCGCUUGCUGCUGGACUUCCUCAUUUCGCCGCUGGAUGGGCCAGGUGUUGGGGCCGCGAUGUGUUCAUCUCACUUCGCGGACUAUUUCUCACUACCGGGAAUUUCGAAGGUGCAAGAAAACAUAUUCUAGCUUUUGCGUCGACCUUGAAACAUGGAUUGAUUCCCAAUCUGCUUGACUCUGUGCGCAAGCCAAGAUACAAUUCCCGUGACUCUCCGUGGUGGAUGGUGCAAAACAUCCAAGACUAUGUCAAAAUGGCUCCUGACGGUCUCGCUCUUCUUUCCGAAAUUGUCCCUCGGCGGUUCCCCAAGGACGAAACCUGGGUGGAGUGGGACGAUAAGCGGGCUUAUGCUUACUCUUCGACUAUCGCAGAAAUUAUCCAGGAAAUCCUUCAGCGUCACGCGAUGGGUAUACACUUCAAAGAAUACAAUGCCGGCCCCAACCUCGAUAUGCAGAUGCGUGACGAAGGGUUCAACAUUGACAUCGACGUAGACUGGAAGACGGGACUAAUCUUGGGUGGGAAUGCUUUCAACUGUGGAACCUGGAUGGACAAAAUGGGUGAAUCUCAAAAGGCUGGAACGAAGGGCCAACCGGGUACACCCCGAGACGGUGCUCCAGUCGAAAUAACAGGACUGGUAAAAAGUGCAUUGACGUGGUUGGACGGACUUUCGAGUAAGGGUAAAUUCCCCUUCAAAGGCGUUCAGGCUAUUGUUGAUGGUAAAGAACGACUCGUAACCUACAAGGAAUGGGCCGAUCUCAUCCAAGCUUCAUUCGAGAAAUGCUACUACGUACCUCUUGAUCCUGCCGAAGACACGAAAUACAAUCUGGAUUCGAAGUUGGUCAACCGUCGUGGAAUUUACAAGGACGUUUAUGGUUCCGGAGAGGGUAGAGAAUGGUCUGACUACCAGUUCCGUCCUAACUUCCCGAUCGCCAUGACUGUCGCGCCUGAGUUGUUUGAUUCACAACACGGUUUGCACGCUCUUCAACUCGCAGAUAAAGUUUUGCGCUCGCCUUUGGGUAUGAAGACGUUGGACCCUAGCGAUAUGCAAUAUCGUCCCAUCUACGACAACUCGAAUGAUUCUACCGAUGCUGCUAUUGCCAAGGGCUUGAACUACCACAAUGGUCCCGAGUGGGGAUGGCCGUUGGGUUUCUUCUUGCGUGCCUACCUUGAUUUUGACACCCGUGUCGGCGCCGGUAAAAAGGACAUCAAGGUCACGCUUCACCGACUGCAUCAAGCGCUCCUUAUUCCGCGCAACCACCUUCAAAACGAUCCUUGGGCUGGAAUUCCCGAACUCACGAAUGCAGAUGGCCAAUACUGUUCCGAUUCAUGUAACACGCAGGCGUGGAGCGCGAGCACGCUUUUGGAUUUCCUGGAAACUGUACAUGAAGUAAACGCGAAGGUUGCAAAAUAAUGGCCCCAACGAAGCGCAAUUGGAAUUUUAUAAUACACCAUCAUCACUAUGUUCCGUAAACUGUUUGUGGAUACCUCUCGGAAUGUAUACCUAGAAGAUUGUAGUAGAUACUUUAUUAUUAUUAGAAGUAAUAACAUUUGUUCCGCAUGUUCAUUGGCGCACGUAUCCAUGAGUAGACUCCUGGUACUUGAAUUGUAGGUUAGAAAUGCGGCGCGCU